UGAAGGUUUGGUCAAAAAUGGUUAGACUCUACUUCGUCUUGGUUGUCGUUUUGUUAUUCCUUCUUAUUCUGGAAGUGAAAACGCUGACAUGCGACGUCAAGGAAGAGCGAACGGCAGCCCCAGUGUUUGACAGUGGUGAAAAUUUGAGCUACAAAGAUUGUGGUGUGAAUGAGCACGGUUCCAAGUUAAAGCCACCGUGGAGAGUAUGGAUUCGAGGCAAACAGCGCGCGUGCCGUGGCAUUCUUUUUUCAAAAACGGCUGUCAUUACCCACGCUUGCGUUAAGGCAAUUACCGAAUUCGAGGAGAGUAGAGACAAAUUUUACGCGUACCUGGGCGACUGCUUUGAAACAAAAAAUGAAAAUAUCUGUCUCAGCAACGAUAAAGGACUAAAGCUCAUGGUAAAGAACGUGACCAGGUUGAAAGUAAAUCCUCGCAGCGAGAUUUAUGUUUGGAGGAUUGAAAAGAGCACGAAUUUCAAUACUCAACACAUAAGUCCAAUUUGUUUGUUCAACCGCAAAAGUGGAAAUGUUUUGGGCAAGUACGACCAUCCCAUCGUCCACAACGAUGCUCUGACUUAUUUCACAGAUAAGGUGAAGCCAGCAAAUAUUUCAAAUUGUGUGAAUAAACGAUUUUACAAAGACGCAGACUGUGCGCAUUUGAACAUGCUAAUAUGCGUGGAUAUCAAUUUGUCGUCUGGCAAAAUUCUAAAGAAGACUAGUGAAUAUCUCCUGGACCAUCACAAAGGCCGAUUUUUCCUGCGAGGAAUCAGCCACCGAAAUUACGAAAGAGUCAGGCACCGCGCUUUCAUCGAUUUGUUGCCAAUCAUGCAUCAAGUUGUUUCAGCAGCGAGCGGCAUUUGGAUCAUGGCCAAAAUCCCUACGGCCCCCAAAGCAACCAAUUUUACAAAUGGUGGACCAGAGAAUUUAAGUUUCCCCGGCUGUGGAAAGAGAAGAAUAUUCAAAAGAGAGUCUUUGGAUUUGGAGCCAGCAACCAUUGUGAAAGGAUUCGACGCUUCAUCCGACCCAGCUGGCCACCCUUGGCACGCGGAAAUCAGAUACGCAGACAAUUCAUCCAAGCACGGAUUCUGUGGGGGAUCUCUGAUUUCUAAACGAGCUGUUUUGACAGCUGCUCAUUGCUUCGUUAUUGAGAAUGUAACCGCAAACGACGUAAUUGUAACCCUUGGCCUGUCUGAUGUGCGCAAGAGGAAUAAAAAACAUGUACAAUCACAAACACCAUCACGAUUGGUUAUCCACCCUGACUUCAAUCUGGAGAGCAACAGCAAUGAUAUCGCUUUGGUUCUGUUCCCUCGCGACUUUAAAAUUACAAAAAAGGUCAUCCCAAUUUGUCUGUGGAACGAGGACUACAGCUUGGACCGAAUUUUGGAUUUGACAGGAGUGGUGUUUGGUUGGGGAUAUCUGGCGAAUCACAAACAACCGAACGUUUUGCAGGCGGCCAACAUGCCGAUUCGGUCCUACAAAGAUUGCUUUUUGCAGCGAAGGCAGUUUUUCGGGCCCUACAUGAAGCCCGGAUUGAACUUCUGUGCCGGCCAUUCAAAUGGAACGACUACGUGUGAAGGAGACAGCGGUGCUGGUCUCGCCAUAAUGAAAAACGACAUUUGGUUCAUUCGCGGGGUGGAAAGCUUCGGUCGGGGAGAAAUCUUGACGCUGAGCGACGGCUCAAAGAGGAAUGUUUGCCAGACAGGCUUUUACACUUUGUACACUGACCUUGGGAAUUACAUCAAGUGGAUCGUGGAGAAUGUUCAGGAUAUGAAUUAAAAUAAAUUAAACCAUUUUCUUAUAAACGCUCUCCAAUCGAUACAAUUAAUCAAGGUUAGAAGUAUUGAUUAAAUGAUCGAAUUAAAUCUUUAUAUAAAUUUAACAAAAUUAUUUCUAAUGUGCACAUAUCGUUUAAUAAUGUAAAACAAGACUUUGCGUGUUUGAGAAACUGCAUGUUAAAAGGAAAAUGUUAACUGUGGUAGUGAAAAAGAAAUAUAUUGAGGAUUUUAAAUAUAUCUUCUCACUAAAAUGAUGUCUAUUUUUGAGGGGGCUUGGGCUAAAUUUAGACAGGUGUGGGAUGAACUUAGAUGGGUUUGGAGCCAAUAUAAACGGCCUUAAACCCAAUAUUUUCCUUACGAAUUUCUUGCCAAUUAAAUCUAAUUCACCGAGUUUGCAAUUUUGUACAUGAUUUCUUGUUCCAAGAGGAUCUUUAAGGUUUAAAUCCCAUGAGCUGUAAAAAAAUUGUUUC